AAAACUGACGAGUCGAAGGGCAUCGCGAUUCGUGACGUCCGCGACAUACGUGUGCACGUGGUAUACGCGCGCGUAGUUUUACCGCGCGAUACAUCGCAUUACUGAAUCGCUGAUAAACUCUCGCCCGCGCGUCGGCCGUCAGGCGCACGGACUGCACGGAGUCGACGGAGCGGCCAGUGCGCCGAUGGAUCGCGUAACGCGCGUAGAAGGGUCGAUUUCUUAGGUUAGACCGCGAGACUCCGUGAUCUCGAUCGACAAGGGAGCAAGUGGAGGCAGGAUCUGAAGCACGAUGCGGGCGGCUGUCGCGGUGUUCUGCGUCUUCCUCGGUUGCUGCACAAACGUCGUGUUUCUGGAACUACUCGUCAAAGAUGAUCCUGGCAGCGGAAAUCUCAUCACGUUCUCGCAGUUUCUUUUCAUAUCCAUCGAGGGGUUCCUGUUCACGUCCAAAUGCGGCACCGUCAAGCCAAACAUCGGCAUAAAGGACCACUUUAUUUUGGUCACAAUGUUUUUUAUCGCCAAUGUGUGCAAUAAUUAUGCGUUUGACUUUAAUAUCCCUAUGCCGCUGCACAUGAUAUUUAGAGCCGGCUCUCUAAUAGCCAACAUGAUAAUGGGUAUUAUCAUUUUAAACAAGAAGUACAUGUUUAGCAAAUAUUUAUCGGUAUUUAUGAUCACCUCGGGGAUAGCACUCUGCACGAUCGUUAGCGGCAAGGAGAUUAAGUCCUUGCAGCAGAAGAAUGUGCAGGUGGCCACGACGCCGUGGGACGACUUCUUCUGGUGGAUCUUGGGCAUAUCCCUGCUCACGAUUGCUCUAUUCGUUUCCGCCAGGAUGGGAAUUUAUCAGGAGGUGCUGCACAGCCGGUAUGGCAAGAACGCGCGGGAGGCCUUGUACUACACACACUUGUUACCCUUGCCGUUCUUCCUAACGCUAGCGCCUAACAUUUACGAUCACUGGAACUUUGCGCUCGCGUCCGAGCCACUGAGGUUGCCUCUGAUCGGUGUACAUAUGCCAACGUUAAUCGUGUAUUUGAUUGGAAACAUUCUGACGCAAUACAUGUGCAUCAGCUCUGUAUUCGUGUUAACUACGGAAUGCAGCUCCCUCACCGUUACUCUGGUAAUAACGCUGCGAAAGUUCCUGUCAUUGUUAUUCUCUAUAGUCUAUUUCAAGAACCCGUUUACUAUAUAUCACUGGGUUGGGACGAUACUAGUCUUCAUAGGUACAAUUAUUUUUACGGAAGUGAUACCAAAGAUUACGCAAAGCUUACGGCGGGUACCUAAGACGAAGAAGACGGAAUAGGUGCAUUAACUUAACGAAUAAGGCAAGGCAAAUAAUCAUAUUUCUAUCGCCUAUAUAAUUGCGUAUUGUUCGAGGCAUUUUAUAGUGAUUGUGUCACUUCGACAUGUAAGAGAAAUUCUCGGACAAAUGUGACGUGAAAAUAAUCAGUGCCCGUCUAUAGUUUUAUAUGAAUUUUAUGCUUUGGUGAAAUAACAGCGAGUGGUUUUCGAAAUGUAAUUUCACUACAUCAAUUAUAUAUUCAUAAUUUAAUUUGAUGAAUAAAAAAAGGGGGUGGUAUUCUCUCUUUCAAUCGCUAUGU